CGCUCUCAGAUUAGACGUGUGGGCCAGAAUCAAAAUAAAGGCACCGUAAGUCCCUCUGUCUCUCUGCAGACAGCUCCUCAACCAAGAACAAACUCUCAACAUACACAGGACAAACACUCCUGUCACAAACAUAUUAUUUAGGGUGAGGAAUUGUGUUGUGGACAGCUCACUGACCGUACCCAUGGCUCUACUGAAGUCAGGCUGGCUCUGGAGACAGACCUCUAUCCUAAAACACUGGAAGCUGAAUUGGUGUGACCUGUGGAUCGAUGGAACCCUGGCCUUUUACAAGACGGACAGUAGGCGAGAAUUUGAGCACCGAGUGGGCCUCAAGACCAGCUGUGUGAGCGUCAAGUCUGGCCUGGAGUGUGCAGAAAGAACGUGGAGUCCAAAUAUCUUUAUUGACCUACAAAAGAUUUGUGCCUUUGCUGUGGACCCAAACAAAGCAUUGAAAUGUCUCUCUCCCCCAGAGAACCACCCCAGGGAAAACCUGGUGGUGGUGCAGCUUAGAGACAGUACCACAGUGAUCCUGUGUGCCAACAGUGAGGAUGAGGCACUAGCGUGGAAAUUGACAAUUCUAGAGGUGAGACAAAACCCAUUUGUGUAUGACCCGUACAACGACUCCUACCCGUCCGUCCCAAUGGACGGCCACAACACCAUCUACCUGGCUCCUGGAUCAGGUACCCACCACAUACUGAUCCAGAGAGACCCAUACGAUGGCAUAGGAGAACAGGUGGCACUGGGGCUACUGGCGGGAAUGGCGGCUGGCGCUGCUAUGCGCUCCUUUCUCUGGAUGCCCUUCUUUUUCUGCUGAUAUAGAAGGCCUCUAUAAGCAGGGAGGCACGGCUGGGAAACUCCCAGGCUCAUAUAUGUAGGAGUGCUGCUGUAGGCAUCACUCCUAAAAGUCUUAUUUUCUUGUCAUCCUUGAGUAAAAGUAAUGAUACCUUAAUAGAAAAGGACUCAAGUAAAAGCGAAAGUCACCCAGGAAAAUACUACUUGAGAAAUAGUCUAAAAGUAUUUGGUUUUAAAUAUACUUAAGUAUCAAAAGUAAAAGUAAAAGUAUAAAUUAUUUCAAAUUCCUUAUAUUAAGCAAACCAGACUGCACAAUUUAAAAAAAAUAACUUUUAUGGAUAGCCAGGGGCAUACUCCAAAAAAUAAAUAGUAAAGUACAGGUAUUCCAAAACACUACUUAAGUAAUACUUUAAAGUAUUUUUACUUAAGUACUUUAGACCACUGCCGUUGCAGAAUAUGAGUGCACGUGUGUGUGUGUGUGUGUGUGUGUGUGUGUGUGUGUGUGUGUUUGUGUCUGUGUGUGUGUGUGUGUAUCAUCAUUUGUUGUACAUUUGUCCUUAAUGACAUAGGCUAAAUUCACACAGCAUAUUUAGUAUGAAUGUACAGUACCCGUCAAAAGUUUGGACACACCUACUCAUUCCAGGUUUUUACUUUAUUUUUACUAUUUUCUACAUUGUGGAAUAAUAGUGAAGACAUCAAAACUAUGAAAUAACACAUAUGGAAUCAUGUAGUAAUCAAAAAAGUGUUAAACAAAUCUAAAUAUAUUUUAUAUUUGAGAUUCUUCAAAUUAGCCACCCUUUGCCUUGAUGACAGCAUUGCACACUCUUGUCAUUCUCUCAACCAGCUUCAUGAGGUAGUCACCUGGAAUGCAUUUAAAUUAACAAGUAUGCCUUGUUAAAAGUUAAUUUGUGGAAUUUCUUUCCUUCUUAAUGCGUUUGAACCAAUCAGUUGUGUUGUGACAAGGUACGGGUGGUAUCCAGAAGGAAGCCCUAUUUGGUAAAAGACCAAGUCCAUAUUAUGGCAAGAACAGCUCAAAUAAGCAAAGAGAAACAACAGUCCAUCAUUCCUUUAAGACAUGGUCAGUCAAUGACAAAAAGUUUCUUCAAGUUUCUUCAAGUGCAAUCGCAAAAACCAUCAAGCGCUAUGUUGAAACUGGCUCUCUCAUGAGGACCGCAACAGGAAAGGAAGACCCAGAGUGUCACGCCCUGAUCUUAGAGAUCCUUUAUUCUCUAUUUUGGUUAGGUCGAGGUGUGACUAGGGUGGGCUUUCUAGUUUCUUUAUUUCUAGGUUGGCUUGGUAUGGUUCCCAAUCAGAGGCAGCUGUCUAUCGUUGUCUCUGAUUGGGGAUCAUAUUUAGGCAGCUUUUUCCCACUUGUUUGUGUAUAGUUGCCUUGAGCACUGCAUAGCGUCACGUUCUUUUUGUUCUUUAUUGUUUUUUUUGCCGGUUCACGUAAUAAAGAUGAUGAACCCAAACCACGCUGCUUUUUGGUCAGAUUCUUACAACAACGUUCGUGACACAAAGUUACCUCUGCUGCAGAGGAUAUGUUCAUUAGAGUUAACUGCACCUCAGAUUGCAGCCCAAAUAAAUGCUUCACAGAGUUCAACUAACAGACACAUCUCAACAUCAACUGUUCAGAGGAGACUGCGAGAAUCAGGCCUUCAUGGUCGAAUUGCUUAGAAGAAACCACUACUAAAUGACACCACUAAGAAGACGAGACUUGCUUGGGCCAAGAAAUAAUGUCAAUGGACAUUAGACCGGUGGAAAUCUGCCCUUUAGUCUGAAUCCAAAUUUGAGAUUUUGGUUACAACCACCGUGUGUUUAUGAGACACAGAGUAGGUGAACGGAGGAUCUCUGCAUGUGUGGUUCCCAUCGUGAAGCACGGAGGAGUAGGUGGGAUGGUGUCGGUGUGCUUGCUGGUGACACUGUGAUUUAUUUAGAAUUCAAGGCACACAUAACCAGCAUGGCUACCAAAGCAUUCUGCAGUGAUACACCAUCCCAUCUGGUUUGUGCUUAGUGGGACUAACAUUUGUUUUUCAACAGGACAAUGACCCAAACCAGGCUAUGUAAGGGCUAUUUAACCAAGAAGGAGAGUGAUGGAUUGCUGCAUCAGAUGACCUGGCCUCCACAAUCACCUAACCUCAACCCAAUUGAGAUGGUUUGGGAUGACUUGGACCGCAGAGCGAAGAGAAAGCAGCCAACAAGUGCUCAGCAUAUGUGGGAACUCCUUCAAGACUUUUGGAAAAGCAUUCCUCAUGAAGCUGGUUGAGAGAAUGCCAAGAGUGUGCAAACGUGUCAUCAAGGCAAAGGGUGGCUACUUUGAAUAAUCAAAAAUAUUCAAAAUAUUUUGAUUUUAUAACACUUUUUUGGUUACUACUGUACAUGAUUCCAUGUGUGCUAUUUCAUAGUUGUGAUGUCUUCACUAUUAUUCCACAAUGUAGAAAAUAGUAAAAAAAUAAGGAAAAACCCUUGAAUGAGUAUUUCAUAGUUGUGAUGUCUUCACUAUUAUUCCUCAAUGUAGAAAAUAGUUUUAAAAAAUAAGGAAAAACCCUUGAAUGAGUCCAAACUUUUGACUGGUACUCUAUAUGAAACGUAUACGUUAUGCAACAUAUAUGAAAAACAUAAAUGACCCGACCUGCAUAUUCAGCUGCUUGAGGUUUAUGGCACCCCACAGAACCCUUCACUGCAAUACUUUUUUAACUUGAAACAUUGAGGUGCAAACGCUGAUUACAUUUAUUAACCUUAGAUCCUUUACUUAAUUUCAGGUACAGUUUUCCAUUCACUAUGUUUGAGUGCAAUGCUGUUGUUACUUUCAAAUUGAAUAAAAUAGUUUCAAAACCA